CAGAGCUUGACAACAACAGCAGCCUACGUACCGCACAUGCGCAGUAUGAGAGGCCUUUUCCAGUUUGGCGGAAUCUGCCUGCCCGAGAAAAUCGCCUGGGUCCCGGGUGAUUGAGGGUGAAGAAUCCUAAAAAUGGGAUUUGUUAAAGUUGUGAAAAGCAAGGCAUACUUCAAGCGGUACCAAGUGAAGUUCAGGAGAAGGAGAGAGGGAAAGACUGAUUACUUUGCACGAAAACGCUUGGUGGUACAGGAUAAAAACAAGUACAACACGCCAAAGUACCGGAUGAUUGUACGAUUCACCAACCGGGACAUCAUAUGCCAGAUUGCGUAUGCUAAGAUUGAGGGCGAUAUCAUUGUAUGUGCUGCCUAUGGCCAUGAAUUACCCAAGUACGGCAUAAAGGUUGGGCUCACUAACUAUGCUGCAUCUUAUUGCACUGGUCUGCUUCUUGCCCGCAGGCUGUUGAACAAAUUUGGUUUGGAUAAGACCUAUGAGGGUCAGGUGGAGGUGACUGGUGAUGAAUACAAUGUGGAAAGCAUCGAUGGGAAGCCUAGUGCUUUCACCUGCUACCUUGAUGCUGGACUUGCCAGAACCACCACAGGCAACAAAGUCUUUGGAGCUUUGAAAGGUGCAGUUGAUGGCGGUCUGUCUAUUCCACACAGCACCAAGCGAUUCCCUGGUUAUGACUCUGAGAGCAAGGAAUUUAAUCCUGAAGUCCAUCGUAAACACAUCUUUGGGGUGAACAUAGCAGAGUAUAUGCGCUACCUGAUGGAUGAGGACGAGGAUUCCUACAAAAAGCAAUUUUCUCAAUAUAUCAAGCAUGGAGUCACAGCUGACAUGAUAGAAGAUUUGUAUAAGAAAGCUCAUGCUGCUAUUAGAGAAAACCCUGUUCAUGAGAAGAAGCCCAAGAGAGAAGUCAAGAAAAAGAGGUGGAACCGUCCCAAGAUGUCAUUGGAACAGAGAAAGGAUCGUAUUGCUCAAAAGAAGGCCAGCUUCCUCAGGGCACAAGAACAGAAUGGCGACAGUUGAAUGGUUGCCUUCAGCCAUUGAAAAAAAUAAUAACUGCUGAUUCAUACUAAACUGUCAGAAUAAAUUUCAGAAAAAGUG